GGGAAUAAGGAUCCAGUUCACUUGCGGUUUUCCCGGCAUUGCAAGUCCUGCCACUUACACAGCAAGAAGAGUGGAGUUGGUUUUGUUGGACGUUACUUGGGGGCAGGAACAAGGGGAAGUCAGCUCCUGGCUGUGAUUGGUUAACACAAGACAUGUGCCUCACACUGAUUGGACCUCUGCGCAGACUGUCUCUUCCCUCGUGAUCUGUGUUAGGAGGCUCGAGGGAAGAGGUUGAAUAGGCAGGGGGAGCCUGCUAGCAUCUGACUCUGAGAGGAAAAAAUGGACGCCGGAGGAAAAAGCCAGGGCACGGACAACAACGGAGGAGAAGGCUGCAGCAGAAUGGCGAAGAGCUGUGGAGAGACGCCUGUUGCAGGUUUUGCUGCUGAGAGCAGCAGUCAGUUAGUGCGGCCACUUGAGUCACAGCUUGUUGAUCCUGAGGAGGCAAAACUAGAAAGUGAGGUUCAGAAAGGAGGCCCUGUGCACGAGGAGGAGGAGGGCAUGAAGCAGUGCCAGUUGCCCACAGACACAUCUGCAGAACAGCAAGUAGCAUGGUUUGGCUUUGAGAAAGCUUGUACAUUUGUGAGCCAGAGUGGGAAAAAGGUUGUUGUACGAUGCAAUUACUGCCUUCCAAGGAUCAAAAAUCUGAGAUCAGCUGUUUCCUCCUCAUCCAAUGUGAAGAAACAUUUUGAGAGGGCACACCCUGAGAAGCUGAGAGCAACUGAAGAAGCAAUAAAGGCAAGGAGACGUGGCCUUCCUGAACCAAUGCAUGACACCCCUCCUCCCAAAAUGCUGAAGCAGCAUCAGACAACCCUUGAGAGGUGGGGAUCUGGCAGGGAGCCUGUCACCCAGAGCAAUCUCGACAGGAGAAUCAUUGAUUUCAUUGUAGAGGAGACAUUACCACUUCAGACUGUGGACAAACCAUCAUUCAUUAAUCUGGUUCCCAUUGGACUCCCCAAAGAUCUCACCAUCAUAUGUGCCAAGACUCUGAGAGACAGAAUUGAGAAGAGAUCAUGCCACAUGAGAGAAACUCUUGCAAACCGAAUGGGUGCUGUGGCAUAUAUAGCAACCACUGCAGAUUGUUGGACCAAUGGCAAGAAGAGUUACUUUGGGGUAACAGCCCACUGGAUCAACCCAACUACCCUGAAACGUGAGGUCGGGGCCUUGGCUUGUAAGCGUCUGAAGGGGCGCCAUACAUACGAUGUCCUUUCAAAAGCACUGCAUGAUGUACAUGUGCAGUACAGGAUCCACAACAAAGUUAUGUGCACUACUACAGACAAUGGCUCCAACUUUGUGAAAGCGUUCAGAGUUUUCAUGGCCAAAGAGCCAGUGGAAGCUGCAGGCACCAGUGACGAUGAUGGUGAUAACCAAGAGGAGGAGGAGGCUGAGGUGGAGUUUGUGCCUAUCUGUGAGAUCCUGGACACAGGACCUGAGGCAGAGGAAGAAGCUGCAGACUCAGGAGAGGAUUUUGUUUUACCACCACACCAGAGAUGUGCUAGCCACACCCUCAACCUGGUGGCAACACAAGACAUAGAGGCCAUGCUUUCUGACUCCUCCAAAAGUAGUCUUCUUGGUCCUUUCAAGAAACAGUUUCGUUCCUUGAUGGGAAAGUGCAGCAAGUUGUGGUCCAAGCAGAACCAGUCAGCCCAGAUUGCUGAGUAUAUCCAUGCGCAAUGUGGUGUGUAUCUGAAGGUACCGAAUAAGACCAGGUGGAAUUCCACCUUUGAUGCGUUGAAGCAACUACAUGAGCUCCUGUCAACUGUGCCACUAAAAAUGCAUGCCAUAAUGGACCGCUGCUCCUUGUCCAGGAUCACAGCUGCUGAGAUUGAAGUGGUACAGGAAUACACAGAGAUUAUGGAGCCACUAGCCCAGUCCCUAGAUAUCCUGCAACGGGAGAACAGCAUGUUCAUGGGGUAUUUGCUACCAACGCUCUGCAAUCUGGACCGCAAGUUAGAAGGACUGGAAAACAAACCUGAGAGGUACACAUACUGUUUUCAGCUGCUGAGAGGUGUGCGCGAAGCCCUAAGAAAGCGGUUUGCAGCUAUCUGGGAGGACAAGAGGCUUCUUCUGGCAGCCUGCCUACACCUUCGCUUCAAACUAGAUUGGCUGGAAUCGUGUCAGGCCACCACCCAUACCAACAAAUACACAAUGGAAGCCUUGUUGAAAGCCGAAAUAAAGAUGGGUGUACUUAAUGAGGACAGUGAUCAGUCUUCAGAUAAAGACCAGGAAGGAGAUGACUUAGAAGAUGACUUCUUUAACUUUCUGCCCCAGGGCAAGAAGUCAGCAGUGGACACUGCUGAGGAGGAACUGUGACACCAAAGAGAAAUAAGGAAAUAAUUAUAUGCUAAGGAGCUUCCAUGUCAGCAGCGACUGCAGAUUAGGGAUGCUGAAGAAUUCCGAUGAGAAAUAGAUAUGGAAGAGGAAAUGGCUACACUUCAGAUGUUUGUCUGUGGUCAGCAAGGGAAAUCAGUCAAGCAAAUCCAACUGGUGUGUCUUCACAUGGUUGUGUGUGCGUGUGUGUUUUAAGUUUGCAAACUUUUAAAAGUAAUUGAACUUUUUUUCACAUUGUUUUGAUUUUUCCUUACAUUGAAAUGAAGGUAAGUUACAUAAGUUAUGAAAAUAGUUAUGUAACUUGUUGUUAUGUGCCUUCAAGUUGAUUAUGACUUGUGGCGACCCUAUGAAUCAGUGACCUCCAAUAGCAUCUGUUAUAAACCACCCUGUUCAGACCUUGUAAGUUCAGGUCUGUGGCUUCCUUUAUGGAAUCAACUCAUCUCUUCUUUGGUCUUCCUCUUUCUCUGCUCCCUUCUGUUUUUCCCAGCAUUAUUGUCUUUUCUAGCGAAUCAGGUCUUCUCAUGAUGUGUCCAAAGUAUGAUAACCUCAGUUUCAUCAUUUUCGUUUCUAGUGAUAGUUCUGGUUUAAUUUGUUCUAACACCCAAUUAUAUGUCUUUUUCGCAGUCCAUGGUAUGUGCAAAGCUCUCCUCCAACACCACAUUUCAAAGGAAUUGAUUUUUCUCUUAUCCACUUUUUUCACUGUCCAACUUUCACAUCCAUACAUAGAGAUUGGGAAUACCAUGGGCUGAAUUAUCCUGACUUUAGUGUUGAGUGCAUUUGCAUUUGAGGACCUUUUCUAGUUCUCACAUAGCUGCCCUCCCCAGUCCUAGUCUUCUUCUGAUUUCUUGACUAUUGUCUCCAUUUUGGUUAAUGACUGUGCCGAGGUAUUAAUCCUUGACAAGUUCAGUGUCCUCAUUGUCAGCUUUAAAGUUGCAUAACUCUUCUGUUGUCAUUACUUUAGUCUUCUUGAUGUUCAGCUGUAGUCCUGUGUUUGUGCUUUCCUCUUUAACUUUCAUAUGUAACUUACAUAACCUAUAUUAAAUAGUGGAGAGCUAGAGAGAUAAUGUAGUAGUAUUUGGCAGAAACUGAACUGCAGCGGAAUGGAAACAAUGCUGAUUGUGAUGAAUAUCAGUUGGAACUUGUUGUAUGCUGCCUUCUUACAUCUGUGCUGCAGUUGAUGAGGUUUUUUUUUACUAAUCGGAUUUUUAUGUGAUAAGGGGAAAUCUGGAUUAAAGGAAGAUAAAGUUUGGGCUGGCAUUUUUAUGAUGGCAACAACAUGCAGAGGCUGUGAAAAACUUCUGAGAAUGAGCAGCAAUGAGUCCAUAAUAAAUUGCCACAGGAAACUGCUAAAUACAUUGCAAUCAUAAUCAUAACAACAACAGCUCUUUCUCUCUGUUUCCUUGACAAAAUCUCCAGUCCACAUCCUGGUCAGCUCACAGCAAGACUUCUGCAAACUUCUCUUCUUGGAUCCACCUCAAGCUCCUUGUCCUACACACCAAUGGUUCCCAGCCUUUAUGAGUACGGGACCACCUUUGUAAUCUCAAAACUUCUGGCGACCUCCACGUGCUAACUGUUGUAAUUUUAGUCUCUGUUAAUUGAAAUAAUACAUAAUGAAACAUUAAAUAAUGUCACUUUUUAUUCAAUCUGAAAACAAAUAUUAUGAUGACAUUUAUUACUUGCCUUUCACCAGAGGUCCCAGGGCAGGUUAUAGCAAUAUAAACAUGUUGCGUGUGUGCGUGUGUAGAUCAUACAAGGAUGGAAUCCAAGAGCGUUUAGAACAGGAAUAAGACAGGCCAGGCAAGUUUCUUGUAAGAGUCUUUACUAGGCAAAGACAUUAGACACAGUUCUCUUCACAGACAGCUCUUCCCCCACUCUCUGAGCUUUCCACCUUAUCAGGCUUCCCAGCCAGCUACUGACCUUGGCAAACCUGGCGCUCUGUUCUCACAGCUUAACCCUUCUGCUUCAGGUUUCACUCUCUCUGCUAAAAACCCUGUUUGUGAGUCUUACAGCCUGCUUCACUGACCAACAGCCCCCACCUGAGACUCACAGAUUACAAAACUUCAUUGUUCAUUAUUACAUUUCUACAAUAUUAACUUUUCAUUACAAUACAUAUCAGUACAUGGUUUGUUUCCUUACAGUUUCUAUUUACAUUUUCAGUUCAGUUCUUGUUUCUUUAUUUCUUUAUUCACACAAGUUUCACAGAGUCAUUUUGUUCACUUUCAUUUGAUAAUACAUUUAUAUUUCAUUCCUCAACACAAAACUUCCACAUGAGAUCCAUUGUUUCUUUAUCUAUUGGUCCUUCUUUUUCCCAUUCUACCGGAUAUGUAUCUGUUUCAUUAUUCUGUUGUGUAACAUUAAAUGUGAAUCUCUGAGGUGGUUGACCUUUCGUUUUUCUUUCUGAUCUUCUAACAUUAUCUAUUUCCAUUUCUUCCUCACUCUCUAUUUUACUUGGACCUGCACCUGUUCCUGCACUUGUACUUGGCAUUUCUGUAUCUUGCAUUGCCAUGUCUUCACUUCUCAGCCUUUUUACAGUACGUUUGCCACCGUGUAUUAGAUCAGUCAAUGCAGUUCUUAAUGGAAUUUGCUGCCCAAAAGGAACAUCUGCUGCUUCCUGCUUGCUUGCACUAUCAAGUAUAACUGUUUGACUGUCUCUCCAAGGUUUAUCUAUCACCUUUAUGCUUCUGCUUAACACUACUUGUUGUUUCUCAGGCAACCAAACUCUAUAGUAUGAAUUCUGAAAUCCCAAAAUGCGUCCUGCUUGAGCUCUUGACUGUUUUGCAACAUGUACCCAGCAUUUUGCCCCAAAACGUUCUAUGUGUUUCACCCUGGGUUUUCUUCCAGUCAGUUUCUCAUAGGGAGACAUGCCUAUUGUUCUGUGCAUAAGGCGGUUCUGAAUAUAAACAGUGUACAGAAUACAUUCACCCCAAUAAGUGUUAUUCAUAUCUGCAUCUACUAGCAUGGCUCUCAUUGAAUCCUGCAAUGACCGGUUCCUCCUCUCUGCAGUUCUGUUGGAGGAUGGGCUGAAGGGAGCAGUGAGACUUUGUAUUAUUCCCUUCUUUUCCAAAUAUGUUUUAAAUGAAUUACUGGUAAAUUCUCCUCCUCUAUCUGAUCUGAUAUUCUUGAUAACAACCCCAUAUUGUGUCUCUGUCCUCUGUAUAAAUGUCUUUAAUUUUUCUUCUGCUUCACUUUUCUUUUUCAAUAAGAAUACAUGUGUAAAUCUGGAGAAAUCAUCCACAAUCACUAAAUAAAACCUUGCUCCACCUUUUGAGCACUGGAAAGGUCCAGCCAAAUCCACAUGUAUGAGCUGAUAAGGUUCAGUGGUUGUGCUUUCACAGCUCUUAUUUACUGGAGUCACAGUCAUUUUUGUUUUAUAGCAUACUUCACACUCAUCCACAUGCUCACAAUGUGUUAACUUCAAAUCUUGACUAUGCUUUGGGGUGUUUUGUAUCUUUUCGAAAUGUGCGUGUGCCAGUUUUCUGUGCCAUUCAUGGAAACAAUUAUCAUGUUUAUUUUUAUUUACUCCUAUCCAAGCACACAUGGGUUUAUCAAGCUUGCUCUCAACCAUAAACAUUUGGUUCUGUAAUUUCCCUUGCAUGCAUAUUUCACCAUCUUUUCUUACAAAAAAUCUAUCCCCUUCAAAUGUAACUUUACAACCUAUUUGAGCCAAUUUUCUUACUGAUAGAAUGUUAUAUUUUAAACCAGACACCAGUAAUACAUCUGUCAAUAUUCCCAAAUUACCCAUCUUGAGAGUGCCUGUUGCAAUCGCGUCCUGAGUCGAUCCAUCAGCCAGAUAAAGCUUCUCCUGCGUCGGCUUUGAAGUGUAAAAUAAACUAGAGUCUGUGAUUAGGCAAUUAGACGCUCCACUGUCAAGAAGCCACUUAGAGUUAAUUAGUUUAUUGUCCUCCUUAGUAAUAAAGUUCACGCUUGUUCUCUGACUUCCAAAGCCCCUGCUAUUCCUCUUCUUUAAACAAUGUCUCCAUAUAUGUCCACGGGACCCACAAAAGUAACAUAUUUUAUUCUCUUGCCUGCUUCUUAGAUGUUGUUGUUGUACAGCCACAGUCUCUUUUAACUCUGUUUUCUUAUUUUCUUGUCUUCUAUUCCACUCUUGUUGAAGUUUCUGUUCUACAAAGUCCAAAUUCAGAUGUCCGUCAGGUAAAGUUUCCAGGCUUGAGACCAGCACGUCCCAUUUUUGAUUAAAUGAAGAUAACAGGAUAUAGACCAUCUGAAUGUCACUAUGCUGCACUCCUCUAUCUUGCAGCUCAGCAUUUAAUCUACGAAAUUCAGCCAGAUGCUCUGUCAUAGUCACUUCAUCUGUAAAACGCAUCUGAUAAAGUUUCCGUGCUAAGCACAGCCUGCUCCCCACAGUUUGUUGCACAUGAGCGGCUCUUAGCUUCUCCCACAUCUGAUUAGCUGUCGGCUCAUUACUCACCAGCAACAGUUGAGAAUCAGACAGCCCCAGAGUAAUAAAAGCCUUCGCUUUCUCGUCUUUCUUCAACCACGCUGCUGAAGGAGCUGCCGGAGGGGGGUUUUCUACGACAUCAUUCAAAUCUUCUUUAAUCAGAACUGCUCUCAUUCUCCAUUUCCAGCUGGAGUAGUUUACAGCAUUCAGUCUCUCCAUCGGCAUCCCGGAUAACAGGUUUACAGCCAUGUUGCCCACUCUUACUUGCCUCUCACUUGCACUUUGUUUCUCUCUGCAACAACGCCACGUCAACAGCUCUCGAACCCGCUACCAUGUAUGAUAAGCUGGGCCCAUAACCCCUGUUGCGUGUGUGCGUGUGUAGAUCAUACAAGGAUGGAAUCCAAGAGCGUUUAGAACAGGAAUAAGACAGACCAGGCAAGUUUCUUGUAAGAGUCUUUACUAGGCAAAGACAUUAGACACAGUUCUCUUCACAGACAGCUCUUCCCCCACUCUCUGAGCUUUCCACCUUAUCAGGCUUCCCAGCCAGCUACUGACCUUGGCAAACCUGGCGCUCUGUUCUCACAGCUUAACCCUUCUGCUUCAGGUUUCACUCUCUCUGCUAAAAACCCUGUCUGUGAGUCUCACAGCCUGCUUCACUGACCAACAAAACAACAUUUAACAAAUUCUGAAGGAAAUGAAAGGAAAGAUAUAAAAGUAAACUACCCAGAGUGUUGAACAGAGCCUGGUUGAUGCCAGGGCAUUUGGACUCUGGUUUUAAGUGUUCCACCUGUAUACAGCGAUGCCUCCUCUUCAGCACUCUGCUCAGGAAGCUCCAUAUGACAAUCAUCAUCAUCAUCAUCAUAUGUCUAACAGACAGAUUGUCAACUGGUGAAGCUUUCCCCAUAAUUGAAUUUCCAUACUAGAAAAGGCUUAAUUUAAUUUCUGUUUAAUUUCUGCCUGCCACACAGCUGUUAAAGGCACAAGAGCUCUGCCCUCCCCCAAUGUCAACUCUAAACCAUUCAAAGAACUCAAGUUAGGAGUAAAAACAAUGGAAUUUGGGCAACUCCACAUAUUUUAAAAUAUUUAAAAAUAUAUUUAAAAUGAAUACAGUAGGGCCCCGCAUAUACAGCGGGUUAGGGACUAGGCCCCCGCUGUAAAGCGGAAAUCGCCGUAAAGCGGAACCCAUUGACUAUAAUGGGUCGCAUUGCGCGAAAAUGACGCAAAAGCACAAAAUCGGCUUUAAAAUGGGGAAUUUCCCCUAAUUGAAAGCCGCCACAUCAGCGGAAUGCCGGAAAAUGGAACGCUGUAAAGCGGGGCCCUACUGUACAUACAACUGUAUAAAAACAUACUCAAAGCCUUGAUAAACAGCAACAAAAAUGCACUGAGCAUGUGCAAAUUUCACAUUUUUAAAAGUUACUUUACCCAUCAUUUCUUGUUCACUUACUGCCUUGGGUCAGCCACUAACUCUCAGCCUCACCUGCCUUAUAUGACUGUUGCUCCACUGAAUUCGAUAGGACUUACUUCUGAGUAGACUUGGUUAGGAUUUCAGCCUAAAUACUUGUAUUAUAGACAUCAUUUUUUUACUUCCUUCAACCAGAAUGAUUAAGUACUGUAAAGCCCCAUGUUCCCCUCCCCCCUCAAAAGUAGUACAGCUUCAUAGCUUCAACAGAAUCUUAGUCUGGUCUGAUUACUACAGUUUGAUUUACUUUGGGAGUAAGCCCCAUUAAAUAUGAAGAGGUUUUCUUCUGAGUAGACAUAUAUACAUUGUACUAUGUAUAUACAUUGAUGCCUUGGGCCCCUGCUGGGAGGAAGGGCGGGAUAUAAAUCAAAUAAAUAAAUAAAUAAAUAAAAUAAUACUAUAAGUUAACCAUACAGUGAAUUUCUCAUCAGUGUGCAUUUGUGGGGAGACACUCUGGGACAUUCUCCAGCGAACCUCUCCUGGAGUCCCGCUAUCUCUACAGCCAGAGCCAAUCAGCUUGAUCGAUCUUCCCUCACUGCCACUGACAAAAGCGGAAGGGAGAGGCACUGCAGCUUAAAUCAGCCCAACUGGCCCUUCUCUUGAUGCACUUGCUGGAGUGCUGUGCUGCUCAGCUCUCUGUGUGGCAGGCACAGCCUGUGCCAGCUGGAAGGAAGGAAGGAAGGAAGGAAGGAAGGAAGGAAGGAAGGAAGGAAGGAAGGA